AUGACGGGGUUCGGGAUGACGGGGUUCGGGAUGACGGGGUCCGGGAUGACGGGGUCCGGGAUGACGGGGUCCGGGGUGACAGGGUCCGGGAUGACGGGGUCCGGGAUGACGGGGUCCGGGAUCACGGGGUCCGGGAUGACGGGGUUCGGGAUGACGGGGUUCGGAAUGGCAGGGUUCGGGAUGGCAGGGUUCGGGAUGACGGGGUUCGGGAUGGUGGGGUUCAGGAUGACGAGGUUCGGGAUGACAGGGUCCGGGAUGACGGGGUCCGGAAUGACGGGGUCCGGGAUGACGGGGUCCGGGAUGACGGGGUUCGGGAUGACGGGGUCCGGGGUGACGGGGUUCAGGAUGACGCAAUUCAGGAUGACAGGGUCCGGGAUGACGGGGUUGGGGAUGACAAGGUUGGGGAUGAUAGGGUUUGGGAUGACGGGGUUCGGGAUGACGGGGUUCGGAAUGGCAGGGUUCGGGAUGGCAGGGUUCGGGAUGACGGGGUUCGGGAUGACAGGGUUCGGGAUGACAGGGUUCGGGAUGACAGGAAUCGGGAUGACGGGGUCCGGGAUGACGAGGUUCGGGAUGACAGGGUUCGGGAUGACAGGGUUCGGGAUGACAGGGUUCGGGAUGACGAGGUUCAGUAUGACAUCCAGGGUUAAGGAUAACGGGGUUCGGGAUGACGAGGUUCGGGAUGACAGGGUUCGGGAUGACGGGGUUCGGGAUGACAGGGUUCAGGAUGCCAGGGUUCGGGAUGACAGGGUUCGGGGUUCGCCUCAGGCAAACGGCAGGCAAGUCGUCGAAGUCUUCCCAUUUUUUCUGGCGCUGCAACAGAAAAUGUUGCGAGCUUCCCGAGGCUGGGGGAGGCGGGGAGGUGGAAAAGAAGGGGAGGGAGGCGGUGGAAAGAGGAGGCGGAGGCUGAGGGAAGUACAGAGGUGA